UUCGAUUCACGCGUUGGCAGGAACAACAAAGGGACAUUUUAUACAGGUGAUUCUUUUACCGGGGUCUUUUCAGUUUGAUGCUCCUUGGGAGAUUUUCACCUGUUUAUAAGGCGAUAUAAAGAAGAUAAUACACCCCAUAUCCACCCACGCGCGCGCGCACGCACACACACGCACACACACACGCACACAUUCACACACUCUCUCUCAUUUGGGUUUUUGGAUUGGAGAGUACAGAGCUGAAGAGGAAGUCUGCGACACACACCUGUAAACGUGUGUCCUUGGUGUGAAAAGCGCUCAAGCUGAUGAUGAUGGCGGCUUCGGCUUCAUCCUCCUCCUCUUCCUCAGCCGCCGAAGUGGAUCAGAGCUCAGAUAAUCUACGACCUCCAGCUUCGGUGUGUGAUGGCUGGUACGGAGUUGCGCACGGCUGCACUCGCAAACUGGGCAUGAAGAUCUGCGGGUUUCUGCAGAAGAACAACAGCUUGGAGGAGAAAAGCAGGAUGGUGGGAUCUUUCAGAGAGAAAGAGCAGAGCCAUAACAGGGAGAACCGAGAGAAGGAAUCGCGAUUCACUCACACCGAGACUGACUUCUCCAACCUGUUCGCUCGGGAUUUACUUCCUGCUAAGAAUGGUGAAGAGCCAACGAUGCAGUUUCUCCUGGAGGUCAUGGAGAUCCUCACUAAUUACGUUCGCAAAACUUUCGACAGAUCCACCAAAGUUCUGGACUUCCACCAUCCACACCAGCUCCUGGAGGGCAUCGAGGGUUUCAACCUGGAGCUCUGUGACCAGCCCGAGUCGCUCGAGCAGAUCCUUGUGGACUGCAGGGACACGCUCAAGUACGGGGUUCGCACAGGUCACCCGAGAUUUUUCAAUCAGCUCUCCACAGGUCUGGACAUCAUCGGCCUGGCUGGAGAAUGGUUAACCUCUACUGCUAACACCAACAUGUUCACCUACGAGAUUGCGCCUGUGUUUGUGCUGAUGGAGCAGCUGACGCUGAAGAAGAUGAGGGAGAUUAUCGGCUGGCCGAACGGAGAAGGAGACGGACUUUUCUCACCAGGUGGUGCCAUAUCGAACAUGUACAGUGUGAUGAUCGCCCGAUAUAAGUAUUUCCCCGAGGUCAAAACCAAAGGCAUGUCGGCUGCACCGCGUCUCAUUCUCUUUACAUCAGAACACAGUCACUAUUCGAUUGCCAAAGCUGGAGCUGCUCUGGGUUUCGGUAAAGAAAACGUCAUCCUGCUCAGCACCGACGAAAGGGGUCGAGUCAUACCUGCAGACCUGGAGGCUAAAAUCAUCAACGCCAAACAGAAGGGUUAUGUUCCACUCUUUGUGAACGCAACAGCCGGUACUACAGUGUACGGAGCGUUCGACCCCAUCAACGACAUCGCAGACAUCUGUGAGAAAUACAACAUUUGGCUUCAUGUAGAUGGAGCGUGGGGUGGCAGUCUGCUGAUGUCAAGGAAGCAUCGUCAUAAGCUCAAUGGCGUAGAGAGAGCAAACUCAGUCACAUGGAACCCACACAAGAUGAUGGGAGUGCCACUGCAGUGCUCAGCCAUCCUGGUCAGAGAGAAGGGAAUUCUGCAGGGCUGUAACUCCAUGUGUGCUGGUUACUUGUUCCAGCCUGAUAAACAGUACGAUGUGACGUAUGAUACGGGAGAUAAAGCCAUUCAGUGUGGCAGACACGUGGACAUCUUCAAAUUCUGGCUCAUGUGGAAGGCCAAGGGCACAGUGGGGUUUGAGCAGCAUGUGGACCGCUGUCUGGAGGUCUCUGAGUAUCUCUACAACAAAAUCAAGAAUCGUGAGGGUUACCAGAUGGUCUUCCAAGGAGAGCCCCAGCACACUAACGUGUGUUUCUGGUACAUUCCACCGAGUAUGAGGAACAUGCUGGAUGGAGAGGAAAGAAGGGAACGACUGCACAAGGUGGCGCCGAAGAUCAAAGCGAUGAUGAUGGAGUGCGGCACCACCAUGGUGGGCUACCAGCCACAGGGAGAUAAAGUCAACUUCUUCCGCAUGGUCAUCUCCAAUCACGCUGCCACCAAGUCAGACAUCGAUUUCCUCAUCGAGGAGAUCGAGAGACUCGGGCAAGACCUGUGAGCGCCUUUCUUCUGGAAGGACGCUGGUACUGCAGCUCUGUUUAACAUCCGACGAGUGUAAUCCUGUGCUGUGUCCCUGUUUAAAUGUAGUUUUAAAGUGCACUAUAUCUAUAUGUGUCUAGUAUCAGUGAGAAAUUAAGGCCGCGUCUGCACUAACACACGUAAAUCUGAAAACACCAUUUAACAGCAUUUUAUUUUCUGACAUAAAACAUGCUGCUUUGCCACUCAGCCAAUAUACAAACCAGCCAAACAUGCAAAUAACUAAUAUGGGGGAAACAGAGGGUGAUGUUGCCACUGCAGGCAACCUCCAGGGUUCAAUCAUGUGUUCUGUUCUCAUGGGUUUCCUCAUGGAUCUACAGUUACCUUCCAGCUGGUAGGCAGGUCGGUGACACCAAAAACUACCCAAGUGUUGGCUGGUUUUCCUGAGAUAGCGCUCACUGUAGGUGAAUGACCACAGAAAAUCCAGUAAGUUCCAUCAUCAUGAGGUUAUUGAGAUCACAUGACAAUCAAAUGCCUGAUCAAGCCAAAAAAGAGCAUUUUCAGAUUCACUCAUCUUGGUAAAUCCUGCUUUUCCAUGUCAGCAAUGCAUGAAUAAUCUGACUCUGGGAUAACAGGAAGUCUCUCGCAAAUUCUCUUAGUUACUCAACUCUGGGUGCUCAGAAAGCUCCUAAACGUCGUCCUAAAAGUGUUUUGAAACCUCACAUAAAGUAAACAUAAAUGCAAUAAGUUCCAUCUUCAUAGAUUUGGUGGAGAUCAUGUGACAAAUCCUGAGUUUUCAAAAGCCUCAUCAAGCCCAUCAAUAUUUUCAGAUUCAUCCAUUUUGAUGAAUCAGGCGUUUCUCAGUCAUGUGUAUAAUUUUCUAUUCUUAUAAAAUCCCUAAAAUUCUGGGAUUAUUAGUCUGGGUCUUCUGAAAGCUCCUCCAACUGGUCAAUGCAAGAAUGAGUCAAAACUCAUGAAAUUUUAAGAACAGGAAUGUUUACUUAUUUUUUUGAAUUCUCCUUCAUUCUUAGUUGAGUUGAAAGUCUCGUUUGUUUAGAACAGUCGUGUGUCGCAUCUGGCCAUGCUUCCUUUCCAGUUUUUCAGCUUUCUGAAAGUCCAUAACUCACCACUGAAACAAAGAGGCUACAUGAUCAUGUGUGUUUAUAUUGUGUGUACAGAAUCUAAAGUAAAGUAACUAGAAAAUAUAAGUUACAUUUAUUUAAAAUUGGAAAAUUUCAGCUCCAUGUCUCAACUGACUAAAAAUGUUUAGUGUUUUCAUCCAUUUUGAGGAAUUUUGGUGGUCACAAAAUGGACGGAAAGGUAAAGGUGUUCAAAAAAGAUGUGUGUUCAGAUUUGUUUGUGUUAGUGCGGAUUAGACUUUGGAGAAACCACAAUUAUUAAUAAUAUUACUUGACAAUUACUAGACAAACCUACACAUACUGCUAUAACUGAAACUUCUCCCUUAUACAGUCCUCUAAAACCACAGCGCUUUGUUUUAAUCACAUUUCCACCCAUGUAUCCAGCGUAGGUAUAUUUAUACCAUAUGAACUCUAUAUUAUGGACAUUUCCAGCAUAUGAGGUUGUAAAUAUAUAUAACGAAGGCGAGCAAGGUGCACCACCUUUUUAACAACUUCUGAUAUACUUCUUGUGUACGUGUGCAAUGUGCCGUCCGUGGUCGUGUUUCUAGAACUUACCUUGUUGUAGGUCAGUGAGGACGAACAGCCCUGUUCUAAGAGAUCUAAACUCCCACUUGCUAAUUCAUCAGGACAGGAACCGAGGCAUGAGAAGGUGUAAAUCUCCCGGAGCAGGGCUGCUGUAUCAUCACUGCUGUAGAUCUUGUGUUUAACGAGCACCUUCGUGAGGUGAAAACAACAUGUCUUUGGUUUCCAGCAAAAAUGCUCCGUGGUAAUAACGAUGCGUUCAGAUGGAACUCAGCAAAAAAGAAAACAAGGAAGCUAAAAGAUGUUAUAACGCCUGAGUUUGUAGGAAUUCUGUGAUGUCAGAAAGCUCCUGAUCUUCCAUGUCAGAUGUUUAUAAGCACAGCGUUCACUAACCAAACCUGGAAGUGAACAUGUUUAACCAAAUAAAUAACGUAUUUAUAAUGAAUAGGAACUUAUGGGUAAGACUUGAGUUAUAACUGAUAUCUAUUUUAAUUCUAUUAAAAACUCAAAUGUAAUGUUAACAAUACAUAAAUCCAUCCUAGUUAAUAUUGUAUUAAAAAUGCAGAUAUUUGCCCAGUAAAUUAAGAAUAACGUAUGAAUGCUUUAAAUAGGAAUAAAAACAAUCCUACAUUAGUUUAUAUCUGAGGCUAUUAGAUCAGCUAGGUUGCUUGUAGUCCAAAACAAAUCUGUAUAUUGACAAUAUAGAGUCACAGCCAUGAUGUAAACAGAUCAGAAGUGUCCAAAAUAUCCUCAUUUACCUCAGAUGUUUUGUAAAAAGACUCGUAUAAGCCUCGGUUUCACUGAGAUUGUAGUGUAAUUAUAAUUAGCGUAACGCUUCUGUUGCUAAGAUUUAGACAUUUUGGACAUUGUCGGAGACACGGUUAACAUACGAGUCCAUUUGAACGCAGUAAAAAUAUAUGCAUAAAGAUUUUAUUUACUGUGACUAGGCAUGUGCUGAUACUAAAGAUUCAUUCAACAGUAAAUGCUAAACAUGUUUCUUUGGGCUAACUAGAAAAGCUUCUUCCAGCUUGCUAGCUUUACUAAAUUGUACACGCUAUAGAAAGAUUUUGGCUGUGGCUAGUCGCUGGUUUAGAUGUUAACAAUGGAAAGAUUAGUGCUAGCUCACCAGAUAAGACUAGCUAGCUAACAAUUCUAGCUUUUGGCUCAACAGCUAAUAGUAAUGAAUUCAAGAAAAUGGAUUUAAAAUGUUUUUUUUUUUCAGUUUGCUAAAUAAUAUGUACCUAUGCUAAUGAAGAACAGUGUGUUAGCUUAAUGUUAGCUUGGUUACAGCUUGCUAUUUAACUUCCUGGUUUAUCGGCACAUGCCUAAGUUGUGUAGAAGUGUUUCCGAUGGCGGGAUUUUGAUUUCUUUUAACGUGUCGAUGUAUCUAAAGAAAUUUUCUGUAUAGAAAUUUGUGGUUUAUGGUCCAGUUGUGAAUUUGUGAGCCAAAGACAUUACACACUUUCUAUUCACUGUUCCUUCAGAUAAGCUGGUACUUAUACAGUAUAUACAGUAUAUUUUAAAAA